AUGAGCGUCAAACUUCGCCGUGCGACGUUGGACAGCAUCAAUGUCUGGAUGAUGGCACCAAUUGGCUCAGUAUCCGAUGAGUCACCACGGCUACGCGCACCGACGGUGAAGAGCAUCUCCGCCAGUAUAGCGGACAAGAAAGACGAAACGGCAGCAGAACAAGAGACUUCGUGGCGAUCCAUCUAUCUAUUAACUGCCAUCUGUAUGUUCUGCGGUGUUCAGUUCUCAAUAUUUUUCCCUACAUUAUGGCCAUUCCUUAAUCAGGUGGAUCCAACAGCUUCGGAGACUUUCUUUGGCAUCAUCACAGCUGCGUUCUCUGUAGGGCAAGGUCUCGCAUCGCCGGCUUUUGGAUUCUGGAUGAAUCGUUCAAAAUCU